AUGCCAUCAGACGACGACGAAGAAGAAGCAUCUGAACUCUUCAGUUGUGGUAUCUGCGAAGAUCUGAUGAUUGUCCCAACAACGCUGGUUUGUUGCGGUCGUUCCUUUUGCAAGGAAUGCGUGCGUCUUUGGAUCAAGACCAAUGCCCAGUCCGGUGGCAUCCCUCGAUGCCCUGGUGGUUGCAUGCAGAAGGUUCCAUACCGCUUACCAAAGCAUUCCAUCGCACUGCGCGUUGCUAUGGAGACUCUCCUUCCCAAACGCUUGGCCGCGAGACUAAAGGAAGCCGAGGACGAGCAGGAAGCUGAGCAGCUGGGUGGCUUUCAGGCCUGGAGUGAAAUUGCUGCAAGUCGCGACAUACUGUAUGGCAACAACGUCAUUGUCCGACAGGGCUCGCCCGGAAUUGUCGUGGGCAUCUGCGAGGAUGCAGUCCACCUGACCGUCAAAUUCGACGAACGCGAGGAUGGAUCCGACCUGUGUGUGAACGUAGUCCCAGAGGCACUGAUGCUGCCGCUACCAGGUGGUUUCCGCCUUCGGCAACAUGUUGUAGCGCUCUAUGAGCUGUUGCUUAAUUCAGACAUGAAAGUGCCCUUGGGAUCUGUGGGGCACGUCAUUGGAUCCCUGGGAGAAGAUCGAAUCACCGUUCUUUUCGAGUCUUUAUCAAGGCCUGCGGCCACUCCAGGGGAAGUCCACCAGAGCGUGCCAGAGUACCCCGUCAGUGUCAACAUUCGUGAAGUUGCUGCGAAGCGGCCCCUUGUGGGCGGUUUCAGCAUUGCCCAGAAAGUCCAAGCAUCUAUGUCACUUGUCGUGGGCAGCAGAGUGGUGGUGCAUGCUGGCUGCCGUGGAACCGUUCUGGCCGAAUUCAGCGACACAAGGCUGACAGUUGUCUUCGAAACGUCGGAGACCGGAGCACCAAACUGCUGUAAUGUGCUACCCCUGGAAAUAAUGCCGUGGUGUCAAACGCUGCCCGGGCUGCCAGCUGGAACGACAGUCCGAGCACUUCACCAUUUGAUGAGCCCCCAUGCCAUAAUUGUGCCUGCCGGCGCUAGGGGUACCAUUCUGGGAGGCGUCGAUGCUUCUCUUGUCUUUGUUUCCUUUGACAACGGUCCGGCCAUGGCUGCUGCUAUCAGCUCGUUGGAGCGGGUGCCAGAUCCUGAAGGUAGCCCUGGACAGGAAGAUGCUGCGAUAGCUCAGGGAUCCCCUGUGUCUGUAUUGGACGAGGAUGAGAUGGAGGAGCUCGACUGCCCAGAUGGCCCCUCUGACAAAGGAAUUGCAUGCAUGUCGACACCGCUAGAUGCCUCCAGUGUCAGAGUUGGGAACGUGGACGCGUCUGGUUGA